CAUUAAUGAUUUGCUUGGUUGUGAGAUACUAAAUGAUUACGUUUUUCAUUAUUUUUAAUAAUUCUUAAACUUAAUAGCUCUUCUCAUUCUUAACUAUGGUUCCCUCAGGUAGAGUUGUUAUGAUUGCGAUUGUGAUAUGAAGUUUUGAGGUUAUGUAGAUUGGCGGAACGAGUAGAAGCUGCUUUGUGAUCUCGUUUAUUUGUCUAAAAUAAUUGUGCCAUCAUGAAUAUGUCACUAAAUCCAGUAUUCGAAGUGAGAAUAGAUCCGGCGUAUAAUCCAGAAGAUGUUCCAAUGACAGCUGAACAAUACUUGCAGAAAGUUAUUUAUGAGCGAGAGCGGUGCCCGGAGGUGGUAUCAGUCCCUCUGGAUACAAGUAAAGUAAAGGAACAAGUUCCCUGCAUAAUUAAUGUUGUUGAAAAACCUUUAUGCCCUCCUCAUUUACGAUCCACAAAAGAAUGGCAGGAGUAUCAAGUAUCACGUUUUGCAAAGUUACGACACCAAAUUCAAAUUCUACUAGAUGAUGAUGCAGACGAAAUUGAAAGUGCUGGACAUUUAGAAAAAUUGCUGGAAAAGUCUGUGCAAUCAAUUGAGGAAGCUGAAAAUUUCUUCACAACAGUUAAGCCACUUCUUAGUGUUGUAUUAGUUAUCACUCAAGCUCAAUGGUGGGAAUUUAUUGAUUUUCAGAUAAGCAUAUUAAACACAAUCAAUCUUAAACCAUCUGAAAAAGCUAACAAUGUAGUUUCUGAUUGGUUAAUGAGCAAGGUUGAUAGAAAUAAUAUCAAAGAAUGGCUUUGCUAUUGGAUUUAUGCAGGACUUUUAUGCAUUAUGACUCCUCUUGAACCUGAAAUGCAUGAUGUUCUCCGAAAACUAGCUGUGGCUUUAGCGAAUGUGAGAAACACAUGGGAAAAUUGUACCUUUGAUGAUGUUUCUUAUUUAGCAGUUCCAAUAUGUAUCAUUGCAAGAUAUUUUGGACAAUGUGAUUUAGCAGAUUAGGUUUCUUAUUUUUGAUAUUUGUUGCAACAGAACAGUUGGAAACAUAAAUUAAACCCAAUUGUGAUACCAAAAAGUUUUUUUUAGACUAUGAUAUGAAUAAGUAACAUUAAUAAGGUAAAUUUUGUCUGCAAAAUUGCAUGU